UCCUCAAGGGGGCGCUAAGAAGAGAGAGACGAGGCGAAUGCUAACACUUUCACCAGUUGAAGCAGAAUGUGACUCUGUAAACGAUCGUAAAUGAAAGGCAAACGUGGAUUUUUUUUUUCUUUUGGAUGCCGUAUAUUUCCAGUCUGCAGAAGGCCUUCAUUAACCCCACAGAGCCGUGUGGAGUACGCUUUUGAUGGAUGCACUUUUUUGAAUUUCAAACAGGUGGUUUCCGUGCACUGCCAUUAUAAAGUUUUGGAGCAUCAGGGUGAUUAUUAAUAUAACUCUGAUUGUGUUCAUCGGAAAGAAAGAAGUCAUAUACACCUAGGAUGGCUUGAGGAUGUGGUCCUGUGGGCGUCAGUAUCACACAGUGAUCACAGUUCACACCUGCAGUGAAGCUCCUCCCACAACAAUUCACCAAUAAAUACUGGGAAUAUUCACAUCAUCCUACAAGAGAAGGACAAACUCCAGGUGUAGCAGCUGAAAUCUGUGUGACUGUUAAAGAUGGAGUUUAUUAAAGAGGAGAUUGAAGACAUGAGUGAUCCAGAACCAUCCAGAAUAAAACAUGAAGAUACUGAGGAACAAAUAGACUGGAUGGAGAUGAAACCGCGAAAACAUGAACUGAAUAAAGUGGAGGAGGAAAAGCAGAGCAUCGAAAUUCAAAGAACAAAAGAUAAUAAGCCGUACACCUGCCCUCAAUGUGGAAAGAGUUUCAGUCGCAAAGGAAACCUUAAAACACACAUAAGAAUUCAUACUGGAGUGAAACCGUAUACAUGCACUCAGUGUGGAAAGACCUUUGCUUCUCAAUUAGGCCUCAAAUUUCAUCUGCGCAUUCACUCUGGAGAAAAACCAUUUAACUGUGAUCAGUGUGGUAAAGAUUUUAUUUCGGCAUCAAAUCUAAAACAACACCUAAAAGUUCAUUCAGGUGAGAAGCCUUAUGUGUGUUCUCUCUGUGGAAAGAGUUUUUCAAGGAUGGAUGGUUUUAAACUGCACCAAAAAACACAUAAUGAAGUGAGAGAUCAUGUGUGCUUUGACUGUGGGAAGAGCUUUACAACAGCUGAGUAUCUGAAACAGCACCGAAGAAUUCAUACUGGAGAAAGACCUUACAAGUGCUCAUAUUGUGACAAGAGUUUCACUCAGUCUCCACACCUGAAGUCACAUGAGCGAGUUCAUACUGGAGAGAAGCCGUACCACUGUACUCAGUGUGAGAAGAGUUUCAAAGAUUCAACAGGUUUCAGAAUUCAUCUGCUCCGUCACUCUGGAGAAAAAGCAUUUAACUGUGAUCAGUGUGAUACAAAAUUUAUUUUAUCAUCAGAUCUAAAACAACACCUGAAAGUUCAUUCAGGUGAGAAGCCUUAUGUGUGUUCUCUCUGUGGAAAGAGUUUUUCAUGGCUGAAAAGUUUUAAACUGCACCAGAAAACACAUAAUGAAGUGAAAGAUCAUCUCCCAGUUUCACAGACAAGGUUUAAGCUAAUUCCAGACUAAAAUGUCUGAAAUAUCUUAAAAUAUGUCAGUGCCAUUGUUUUUUUUUUUUCUCAAGAUGAACAGCAGUAAUGUAUUUUCUAGGGUAUGUUCAUAAAAGCUACUUAAAUACCCUAACUGAACUAAGGCCUAAUCCUGGUUUAGUCUAAGCCCUGUCUGUGAAACCGGGCCCAUAUGUGGUUGUGACUGUGGGAAGAGCUUUACUAGAGCUGACUGUCUGAAACAGCACCAAAGAAUUCAUACUGGAGAAAAACCUUACAAGUGCUCAUAUUGUGACAAGAAUUUCACUUGUUCUGGAAACCUGAAAAAACAUCAGCGAAUUCAUACUGGAGAGAAGCCGUACCACUGCCCUCCAAGAGUUUAAAUGUUUAUCAAGCCUUUAAACUCAUAUGAAAAAAUAUUGCAAGUGAGGACUGCAAUGUUUGUGGAAUGUGAAAAAAAGAGCACAAGUAGCUCUAUUUUCCGCUGAUUACUGGUCACUGGUCACUGCAGUGAGUGUUAAAAGCAUUAUUUCAUAAUCAUUAUGCACACAGCAUGUUUGUUGAAACCUGAAAGCCACAGAGAGAACACUUUUUUUUUUUUCUUUUUCAUUUAACAACGUACAACGUACAAUGUAAUUAAAUGAUUGCCUCUUUAUUUCAUUAAAAUGCUACUCAGUUGGC